CCAGGCAAAUGUAACUAAAUAGGUAGAUAAAAAAAAGAACAAAAGAUAGAAGACCCUUGAAACUCUGUGGGACCCACCAAUUUUUCAAAUUGCGUGACAGUGGAUUUCCCCAUGUCUGUCCUCUACAAAAAGGCCCCUCCCCUCCCCUCUCUCCCUAGCAUCAUCACUCUCACCCAUUAGCUCAUUCAGGCAUUUCCGCAAACACUUUCUCAAAAGAAACGUUUCUUUUACACUAACAUGGCUAGACCGCAACAACGAUAUCGAGGUGUCCGACAAAGGCAUUGGGGUUCUUGGGUUUCUGAAAUUCGCCAUCCUCUUUUGAAAACUAGAAUUUGGCUGGGAACAUUUGAAACGGCGGAAGACGCGGCUCGUGCCUAUGAUGAAGCUGCAAGGCUUAUGUGUGGACCUAGGACUAGAACUAACUUCCCUUACGAUCCCAAUGCACCUCAGUCAUCAUCAUCCAAGCUGCUCUCAGCAACUUUGACAGCUAAACUACAUAAAUGCUACUUGGCUUCACUUCAAAUGACCAAAAAACAAUCAGUGCAGGAGCCAAAACGUGAGCUACCGACUCCACAUAUCAUCACCAACAAUGGCAUUGCAGAUAGAGGUAGUGGGACGGGAGUUCGCCUGCUGGAGAAGAGACCAUUGCCAGUUCAAGAGACAGAGGCCAAUAGGGUUGUCAAGAAAGCUCAAGUAGAAAGAACCCAGCCGUUCAAGUCUCUUGAAGAGGAUCACAUUGAACAAAUGAUUGAGGAACUGCUUGACUAUGGCUCCAUUGAAAUAUGCAAUGUCUAGGCCAAACCUUUCUUCUCUUUUCUCCCUUUCACAGGUCAAUGAAAAGUUGGGUUGAGGUUGAUAAACUGUGUUGCCAAAGCAAACAUUGGCCUUAAGGAGUUAAGGCUGGCUUGGUUUUUUACAUUUUCCUCCAUGCCAAUGGCAUUGAUUCGCUAAUUUAACCCAUUCUUCGCAACCUUGAACCUUCCCACAUAUUAUUUUCCAAGUGUUGUAGAUCGUCUCUGUAGGUUCUAGUGUCUUACCUUGUGAUGGUGUACAUUAAGUUCCGUUAUGAUAUAUGUUACUAUGUUAUUAUCACCUGCUCUGUCUCUUACUAUUCAGUCAUGGAUUCGGAGGAUGAACCGUAGGAGUUUUCUCUUUUCAUUCUUCUCUCUUCUGCUAGCAAUGUUGCAAAGUCGUGUAUGAUAAAUUACUUUCAUUGCUUUAUUUUCACAAUUCAAAUGGACGUAGCUAUCUGCCAAGAUUAGGCAAGUCAUGCUAGUGUUUUUCAGAGCAACAAUAAAACCGUCAUCUUUUGUUUAUUUUCAAGGUUUCCACACCAAACGGUCGAGCUACACGCCCAUACCAAUAAACAAAAACGUUACUGUCAUAGGGUUUUCCGUGAUGGGCGGAUCUUCUUUUAGUGAUUUUUCUUCUUUCUUAAAACAUGUAAUUCACAAGGUUUUAGUAUAAUAUGAUAGAAACAUCUCUGCCUUUGUUUCUUGGCAAGAGUCUUUUGUAGUU